GAACAGCCUUGUCACGCGGGGUUAGUAAAAGUUGGGAUAGGAGCUCCGGAGAGAGCGAUAGGGAAACAGACAGGAGGAGGGAUAGAGAGGAAGGGGGUACUGGACAAUUACACGGACAAUUCAUCGGCUUUAUCGCUAACAUUAAACACUGACAGAGAAAGCGCGCCUUUGUUAUUGACUAACGUUAGGUCGACAGACAGCGAGAAACCGCGAGAGAAGGAGAGACAGAGGGGGUAGACGACUUUCUCUGAAGUUGAAGCCUUAAUUUCGCAAGUUAGCUAACUGCCAGAGGAAGAGACGCAAAUUACUUGUAUUUUGGAUUUUUCAAACGAGUGGAAAACACGAGUUGGUGCAUGGCCAUGAGUUAAAAUAACAAAAGGUAAAGUUCGGCGUCGUUGCAGUCGGUAAAUGUGACAUUUUAGGAGAGCAUAAAUUGCUCCAGCAGUCGACUGUCGACUAAAAACCGAGCUGUCAAACCCGAUGACGACUGCAAACUGCCCCGGGAAUGAGGAGCUGGACUUCAGACUGAUUUUCGGAGAAGACGGGCAGCAGCAGCCGUUAGGCCCCGCAGAUCUGGAGCCUGAUGACAACACGUCGUUCUACAUCCUAAAUGUGGGCCAGCCCCAGUCUAUGGUCACCAACCACCAGUCUAUUGGCCUGCCUCGUCAUGGCAUGCAGUCCCACUCCCAGAUCAUCAGCACUUCCCCACGCCUUCACUCCCACAAACCAGGAUCUGUGCCUCCCGGCUAUGGGGCACAUGACUCCAAGUACGGCACCUCCCCUCUACUGCCCUCUGCUCCUGUGGAGGCACCAAAGGCCUUUGAGUGCCCCAGUAUCCAGAUCACUUCCAUCUCCCCCAGCUGCCAGCAGGAGAUGGAUGCCAGUGAGGAGGAUCUGAGGGCCAAUGUCCCUGAUGGGGACUACCACGGUGAUAGGCCCCUGUCCAGAGACCACCUGUAUUUGCCGUUGGACCACUCAUACCGGGACUCUUCGCUUAGUCCUAGUCCAUGCAGCAGCCUCUCCUCUAGGAGCUGGUUCUCUGAUGCCUCCUCCUGUGAAUCAUUCUCACACGUCUAUGACGAUGUUGACUCCGAGCUAAAUGAAGCGGCUGCCCGGUUCACCCUGGGCUCCCCGCUUACUUCCCCGGGCUGUGUAUCCCCUCAAACCAGUGGUGGGCUUUUGGAGGAGCAGCCCCAUUGGCAGCAUCAUCACCCCGCCUUUGUGCACCACUCCCACUCCAUCAGCCUGUCACCCCGACAGUCCCCCUGUCACUCGCCACGCACUAGUGUAACUGAUGAAAAUUGGCUUAGCCCGAGGCCACCUUCCAGGCCUUCCUCACGUCCCACCUCACCCUGUGGCAAGAGGCGCCACUCCAGCGCCGACAUCUGCUACCCCGGCUCAUUGUCUCCUCAUCACUCACCCACACCCACGCCAGGGCCUUCACCUAGGGGCAGCGUGACAGAGGACACCUGGGUUGGCAGUCCUUCUGUAGGCAUGUCACCCUUCCAGUGCUGCCCAUCUGAGGCAGACAUCCCAUCCAAGACAAGGAAGACCUCACAAGACAGAACGUCUAUGCAUACUGGCAAAGGGGAGCUGGGGCUAGAUGACCAAGGAAAUAUGUCUCCUAAUCUAGACUCUCCUUCAGACGAGGGCCUGCACAGCCUGAAGAAAGAUGGUCCCGGGGAACAGUUCCUCUCAGUGCCCUCUCACUUCUCAUGGAAUAAACCUAAACCUGGUCACACACCUAUAUUCAGGCUCAUUGGCUACAGUGAGAAGCCCAUCAACCUACAGAUGUUCAUCGGAACAGCAGACGACCGGUACUUGAGGCCGCACGCCUUCUACCAGGUGCACCGGAUCACGGGGAAAACCGUAGCCACAGCCAGCCAAGAAAUUGUACUCUCCAGCACCAAAGUUCUCGAAAUUCCUCUCCUGCCUGAAAACAACAUGUCAGCCAGUAUUGACUGUGCUGGCAUCCUUAAGCUGCGGAACUCAGACAUUGAACUGCGGAAGGGGGAAACGGAUAUAGGAAGAAAGAACACACGAGUCCGUGUGGUGUUCCGAGUGCACAUCCCUCAAUCCAACGGGAAGGUGCUGUCGCUGCAGGCUACCUCUAUUCCUGUGGAGUGCUCCCAGCGUUCGGCUCAGGAGCUGCCCCAGGUUGAGAAAUCCAGCCUGACCAGCUGCCUGGUCAGCGGGGGAGAAGAGAUGGUUAUCACCGGCUCCAACUUCUUCCCAGAGUCCAAAGUCAUCUUCCUGGAGAAAGGUCCUGAUGGACGACCGCAAUGGGAAGUUGAGGCAAAAAUAAUGCGUGAGAAAACUCAAGGAUCCUGCAUCGUGGUGGAGGUCCCUCCCUACCACAGUAAGUCCGUGGGCUCAGCUGUGCAGGUGCAGUUUUAUGUCUGCAAUGGCAAGCGCAAAAGGAGCCAAUCGCAACGCUUCACUUACCUUUCAGUCAUGGUGAAACAGGAGCAUAGAGAAGAGCUGGACCUUUCUGCAGUACCCCCUAUGGCCAUGCCCCUGGCACAUGCAGCCAGUCUGGUGCGCACCCAGCUGCCUUCUCCUGAGCAGUGCCACCCAUCGGACAACCUUCUGUCCAGCUCCCCUCACGGCCUGGCCACCGGCUCCGGACCUGGCCUUCUACCCCUGCAGGCCCCCUGCCCCUCCCUCGGCUCCCCGUCUUUCCAACACCUGCCUCACCUCCACGGUCGCAGCUUGCACCAUCCCCCUGCUGACUGCCACAUGACGUUCCACCAGGGCUCUGCCCCUUCUCCUCUUCCUGCUCCACCCCGGCCCUCCUACCAGCCUAUGCAGCACAGCCACAGUCAUAGUCAUAGCCUUUCCUUUAACAGUCAGUCCAGCCUUCCUCCUCAGGGCUACGACAGGAUGCCUUUUCAGCAAAGCCCCAGUGCUGCGUCACACCCAAUGAGCAUGGGAAUGGUGUACCCUUCUUCCCCUUGCUCCUCACCAUCAGCGCCCUCCUCUUCAACGUCCAACCCCAUUGCUGGGUCUCCCGGGAGCCAGCAACCCCUGCUCUCCCCUUCAUCCCCACACCUGCACACAAUCGGAGGCUAUCACUGCUCCCCAAAUCCAACCCAGGUGCCCUCUCCGGGGGGCCACCCCCUUGUGGGGCAGCACUCCUCCCAACUGCAGAGGGCUAUGAGCUACCAUCCGGUAGGUCAAAGGUCAGCCUCUUGUCCUACACCGCCCAGCGCCCCUGCUCCAAGGAUGAUCCCCUCUCCCCACUCUGGGCCUUCCUCCCCUCAACUCCACUCGCUGCCCUACCAGUCGCCCACCUCAUCCUCCCCCACUCCUGGUGGCAGUCCUCUGGGGCCUAUGCAACAGCAGAAUUCAGGACAGCUUUCCCCCCAGGCUACAAGUCCGGUCAUGGCCAGCCUGUCCCCGGUGGCUGCAGGGCCUCUGGGUCACCCUCUAAGCCCACAGGGACCCUUCCCCUCAGACGGAGAGAGGCUGAACAUCAAAGAAGAGCCAGAGGAGAGGGAGCCCACCUUCCGCUCCAUCGGCCUACAGGACAUCACGCUGGACGAUGUGAAUGAAAUCAUCGGCCGAGACAUGUCCCAGUCCCCCAGCACUCAUGGUCCUCCAACAGCGCACAGCCAGUCAUAGCCCAGCCAGCACUUAGGCCCUUUUGGGCUGUGAAAUGACCCCCCCCCCCCUCCGGUUCUUGACCCCAGACCCCUAUCCUGGUCAGGGACAACAGGGCAGGAAGAGAUAAGAGACUGUGGUCAAAGACAGAAUACGGUUGGAGAUUCUGUCAAAGCCUCAUGGACCUGCUCCGCCACCAGCCUGACAAGAAGAAACUCAUCUGUCUCCUCUGAUUUCAUUUAAAAGACGAUUUUUCUUAUUUAGAGAUACAGAUACAGAACUCAGAACCUCACACAGGGUCAAGAGAACGGUGAGCGGCGGAAUAUGAGCAUGUUGAGUUAUCGAGGUUAAAAUGGUUGGAGAAUCAGAUGCGACCCCCCCCGUCCCUCUUUAUUAGGUGUGUGCCUGCCGUCUCAAAGCACCGCGGUCUUCCUGAUCAAUCAGCUGUCCACGACUAUGGAGCGCUCUCUUUUAGAAUAGCUCUCUCUAGCAGAGACAAUACAAUUGUGUGUGUUGUCCUCCCCCCGUCACCAGCAUUGGCCUUCAUCAACGAAGAAGACGUCUUGAGAAAUAUAAGAGUCAGAGAAACUCAGGAGUGCACAGUGCUCUCACGGGGAGCCAGAGCUGGGAUUCCAAACUGUUCUGAAGAUUGUUACUCACGUAACUAAUCACACUCGGAAGUUGGAGAUGAGAAAUUAAUUUGCUGUAAAAUUGGAUUGCCAAAUUCAAAUCUAACCACCCUAAAGGAUCAGAACUUCAAUUAUCAGCAAAAAAAAGGAGUAAAAUAAGAAGAACUUUCCAAAAUAAUUUAAAUAUCUGGCUGAACACUCUUGGCUCAGUGAUGACGACACUGUCCGCUCCUUGUUUUUGUCCCUUUCAGAUGAGACAACCAUUCAGGUCUGGAGUGCAGGGACCCAGCGGGGAGGACGAGUUCCUCUAGCGCUGGUCUGGGAUCCGCAACCUGCAACAUUCCACAACUUUUAGCAACCUUUCAGCCGUGUAGAUAUCUGUACAUGAAUCCCCUUCUCUUUUCCUACUUUUGUCCACUGUUUCAUAAUUACGACCUCCCCUCUCCUGUAUUUCUUUAUCUUCUUCAAGUUGAACAAAUGCCUUAUUAAUACGUAGCAGCUCUGAAUGGUAGCUAAAGCUUUUUUUGUUGCUGUUUUGCACAGCUGGCUUUGAGUGUGACUAUAAUAUUGUUUCGGAAACACGAUUUCAUGAAUCCUAAAGAGGGAUGGGGUUUAAGGACUGAGUUCCCCCUUUCAUUUUCAUUCAAAGAUAUUUGAAGAUGCCCCUUAUUUCCACGUUACAGAGAAGUGUUUUUAUUAAACCACAGAGACAGACUUCUCUGCCUCUGAAAUUUCUUCCCAUGCAAUAACUCCCCGAAUCUCCCAGGGGCCCUUGUGUGCCUUUGAACUCCUGACAGCCACCAUACCUGUGAUGGUACGACAAUAUAAUGGGGAAGUAUUUUAUACUUAAAGAUGUUUAUAUAUUACAUGUAUUUGUUGUUCCCUGCUCUAAUGAACAAGGUAAAAUAACAAAGCCCAAAGUAUAGAGAACACUUUCCCUGUUUGCCACAAUCAAUGUUUGCUCUUCACAAUCAUACACUUCUCCUUUAAUUGUCUCCAGAAUGGGGUCUAUUUACGAUGAUGUAUUCAUAUUUCUUAUUCUGACAGAUAUGCAGUGCCUGUACGGCAGCAAUACCAGUCUCAAGGAAAGAGUGUGUUCAGGCAGGUUUCUGGAGUGGAGAUGAACAGACAGAUUCCCAUUGGGUUCUUUUUUGGGGGGAGGGGGGGUUGCCUUAAGCUUGACAAUAAUGCUCCUGCAUGUGAGAGCUGAGGAGUGUUGCUUAUGACGGUUUCAAGUCAGUUUUCAGGUGACAGUUUCCAAAAAUGAUUCUGCUAUGCAUUAUAAAUCUGCUAAUGCCUUUUAAGAUGAGAAGGAAAAAAAGACCUUGAUGCCUCUACGGAGACGUAGAAUGUAGACUUGUUGUAGAUGCUUUAUUGAAUCUGCUAGCAUUCUGGAGUUGUCCAUUAGCCAUUCUGCCUUUUCAAGGACAGUGCUGCGAGCAUUUAAAAAAAAUUCAGUUGUGUGUGUGUGUGUAUAUGUGUGUGUGUGUGAGAGAGAUACAUUGUUGGUUGGUGUUUGUACCAAAUAUGCUGUACAGAAGACAGGAACUCUUAAGAGUCCUAUUUUCAACAACAGAAGCACACACAUGCAUUCAGGCUAUGCAAACUAUAACAGCAGCAAAUGUGAGAUAUGACAAUGAAUAUGAAAAACGAGAUUAUAAACUAUUUGUAACGUUGCCUAUGAACUUUACAUAGCAGAAAAGAGAAGUGAACAUUCAGAUAGUGAGAGUAUCAUGUCACUAUGUAAACAAUUAGGAUGCCUUAACUCUUGUUUGAAAACCAGUUUGUCUGUGUGUUUGUAUUCUGGGUUGAUUUUUUUUGUCUCAUGACUUAAGACAUAAGUCUGUAACUAUUAUUAUUCUUUCACUUGUUUUUUGGAGGGGGGAAGGGGACACAGUAUGUACAUUGAGGUGGGAGGAGGGAAAUGUCUUUUUCUGUGCAUAUGAAGCUGGUUCUGCAGCUUGAAAGACUCGUCAAAAAAAUGAAACAAAACCAGCAUUGACAGUAAACUCUGGCUGCCGUACUCGUCUGUCACAACCAAAGACCGAACAACAUGAUCCCAUUUCACGUUAUGGUAAAGCAACAGAGACUGUACAACUCUAUUUUUGAUACAUUAAAAUGGAUGUCAUUCCUUAAAGGUUGGGGACAUGUAUGAGUGUUGUGUGUGUGUGGGUAUAUAUAUAUAAACAUACAUACAUACACAGUAUAUACAUAUACACACACACGCUCACGUGUAUAUACAUAUAUAUGUUUUGUAAAAAUAUAAGGGAAAUACAGGUUUAGCUGAUGUUUACCGAACCUUGUAUUGUCAUUUCUUGUAUAUUUUGUAUGUUAAAUUUUUUGUAAUUUUUAAGACUGCAGUGCUUUUUGAAAUUAUUCAAAGGGAAUACCUUGCAUCAUACUGUAGGCUCUAAAGUAGUGUAUAUCAAUAAAACAGAAAACUCA